AUGCGUUUCAUCCGCAGCGGAGGAUCUGGGGCCGCGGUGUACUGGGGCACAGGGGAGUUCGACUGGAACGAGCUGACCAAGAGCUACGUGCUGUCCGGCUCGUCCUGGGGCACCAUAGCCACCGUGUUCGCCGGCGCGCGGCUGGCCGAGCUGUGGAGCCCCAGGCUCAUGGUGGCCUUGUCCUACCUCGCCAACGCCGUGUGCCACUUCCUGGUGCCCGUGCUGGCCCGCUGGAGUGUCGUGGCCCUCGUCGCCAGCCAGGGUCCCGAGCAGCCGACGAGGUACGCGCUGAUGUCUGCGUGGUUUCCUCCGAGCGAGAGACAGACGCUGGUUGGACUCGUUUUCUCCACCCAGCAGAUAGGCCUGAUCGUGUCGUCCAGCCUGUCCGGCGCGCUGAUCGCGAGUUACGGCUGGGAGCUGGUGUUCUACCUGUACGGCGGCGCACUGCUGGUCUUCGACGCGCUCUGGCUGCUGGCUGUACACGACUGUCCCUCCAGGCACCCGGGCAUCAGCCAGGAGGAGAGGGACUUCAUCCUGGGGGCCGUGCGCAAGGAGCCACGGACCCGCCUGCGCGCCCCCUGGCUCGGCAUCCUCACGUCCUCCGCCGUGUGGGCGCACGUGUCCAUGCACGUGGCCUACACGUGGAUCACCUACAUGUACAAGACGGAGCUCGCCAACUACCUCAAGAACGUGCUGCACUACGACAUCAAGCACACCGGCUUCAUAGCGGCGCUGCCGUUCCUGUUCGGUUGGCUGACUGAGCUGGGCUUCUCCGUGCUGUCCCAGUGGCUGCAGAGGAGGAACUGCAUCGACCUUCUCAACGUCUACCGGAUAUUCAACGGAGUCGCCACGCUGGGGCCGGCCGCCGCGCUGAUCGCCCUGCCGCGCGUGGCGUGCGACUCGACGGCGAUAGUGGCGCUGCUGGUGGCGGCCAAGUCGUGCAGCUCCGCCUUCCUGGGCGGCUCCAUCCUCAGCCAGAUGGACCUGGCCAUCAACUACGUGGGCUCGUUGUCGGGGCUGGCGGGCACCUUCAAGCAGGCCGUGGCCGUGGGCGCGCCCAUGCUCACGGGCGCCGUCAUCAACGACCGGCAAACCCUGUCCGCCUGGAGCGAGGUGUUCUACAUAUCGAGUGUGAUCUCGGCGCUGCCCUUCUUCGUGUACCUGGUGUUCGGGUCGGUGCAAGAGCAGCCCUGGAACAGGCCGGCGUGAACGCAACGGCGGGCAACUUGGUGCACACCUCCAAGUCCGACGGGAACGUGUUACAAACAAAAAGAAAAUUCUUCAAAGCAGUCAUGAGGACUGCCGACGGAAGUGAAAACUUAAAAACUAUAAACAAACAGUUUUUUUUCUUUAUCUUUUACCAUUAUUUUGUUCACUUGUGUCAUUUGCAGAAUCCGCUUCUACCGAUUCUUCACAAUCUUCUUUCAAUUUUCUUUUUCUGUCGUCUGAAGAAAGACAUCUUUAACGUUUUCCGCACAGAAUCGAGGAUCUAAAAAAAUAUAUUUAACGAUCUGACUUCAUUUACAGUUGAUACUGGAAAAACUGUCUAGGGAACGGUUUACAAAAAUAAACUAUAUUGGAGGAACAGGGACAACACAAAGCA